UGUGUUCCUCACGCAACGGGCAGUGUUAUUUAAACUCAUGAGGCUGUUCAAGGCAUUCUGCCCGAGAUAAAAAGCAGGUCAAUCCUGUGGAUAAAUCAGGGGGUUAUUACGGGUGCGGAAUUAUCACGAGUCGAUAAGCACUAGGCCGAUCCUGACGCUGCUUGUCCGAGCCGGAGAGCAGGGAGCGGCGACGUCACGGGCUCCGUGCCACGUGGCGUCGUAAAUAUCCACGAGAUUUUCCAUUGAGAAUAAACGCUCCGGAGAUGGAGGCUCCCCGGGAUUUCGGGAUGAGAUGGAAUAAUCGGAGAACUCGGAAUGUUCGCGCGAGGAACUUUCGUCGCCGAUGAUCGACGCGCGACCCCCGUUGCCCCGCUGCCGGAAUAUCGCGACGACUUGGCACCAGUCAACGCUCGCUCGGUCUCGCUCGGUCGGCUCAGAGCCUGAGCCGACUACUCGCUAAUGACAAAAACUUUGCAAGUACCGGAUCAAUUAUUCAAACGGUGAUUAUGAAUUUUCAUAACGAAUCGGUUUACUACUGGAAAGCGACUAUGAAACCGGAUUUCCGUAUUCUCAUUACCGCUGACGAUCGUCCAUCACGCUUGUGAAUUGCCAGGAUUAUUAUUCAUACAUGCCCGGCGAGCUUUUUCAUUUAAGGACGCAAAGUGACAGCUGUUCGGAUCAUUCCCCGUUGCGCCGAUUCGGCUUCUCGCAGCGUUGGCCAAGCCCGCGUGCUCCGAAUGUUGAAGCUUUUGAUAAACGCUUAUCCCCGACUCUAUAUAAUCGGUGCGGCAUAACGCCAACGCGUUCUAUCGUUCCGUCGAGAUCGAUGUGCUCAUAGACCGCGAUUGCGUAGAUGACUCGCACCUCUCAUUGGGCGAGAGAUAAACGCCGGAUAAAAAUAUCGACGGAAAUCUUUUGACGGAGAACAGAAAUGAUUGGAAUCCGCUUGUGAGAUGCUCGCGUCCGGGUCUCCAGCUCGAUAAACUCGCGCUUUUAAUCGGCGAAGCGAACAAGCUUAAGGAAUCCGGUGCCUGCGGAUUCUCUAUUUCGGAGCCCCGGGAAACGUGUCAUAAAAGUUAACCGCCGAGCGUUGGGGGCUCGGCAUGUCGUAUCACAGGGGAACAAAGGGAGAAGAAAAAGUAGAAUGAGAAACGAAGCUCGAUCAGGGAGCACGAGGAUCCUCGAAACCAGAAAAUACGCAUAAUUAUUUAUAAUGGAUGGAAAUACUCGGACGGAGAAAAAUAAGAACCCGAGAGAAGGCGUCAACCCGCUGAGUGCGCUGACAUUUUCAUGGGUACUCAAGACCUUCUGGGUCGGCUAUCGGAGGGAACUCGAGAUCGAGGAUCUCGCGGAACCUCUCGAGGAACACAAGAGCAGCAUCCUCGGAGAUCGAAUCAGCGCCGCUUGGCAAGCUGAACUCGAACGAGUACGAAAGAUUCAAAGGAAUCGCUCCAAAGGGAGCAGCAGCCCGUGCCAGUGUAUCGACAUGGAAAAAGACAGUAAACAUUCGCAGAGAAUCAAACCCAGUCUUAUGAGGGUUUUGAUCCGAGUUUUCGGCUUCAAAAUAAUGCUUUACGGCGUGACUCUCGCCGUCAUGGAGUUUCUUCUCAGAAUCUCACAGCCGCUGUUUCUCGGACGUCUGUUACAAUUCUAUUCCGGAGCUAAUACUUCGGUGUCCGAGGCUUAUCUGUACGCGGGCGGAAUAAUAUUGUGCUCGGCGAUAAGCGUUUUCUUCAGGAAUCCUUACAUGAUGGCGGUUAUGCACAUGGGAAUGAAGAUGCGAGUGGCUUGUUGCUCGUUGAUUUAUCGGAAAACGUUGAGGCUUUCGAGGACGGCGUUGGGUGAGACGACGGUCGGGCAAGCUGUGAAUCUUUUGUCGAACGACGUGAACUUCUUUGACGAAGCAGCGAUUUGCCUGCAUUAUCUGUGGAUCGGGCCGCUCCAGACGAUCGCUGUAACGUACUUUCUGUACGAGCAAGUCGGAUAUUUCGCUUUGACCGGCGUUGCCUUAUUCAUAAUGUGCAUACCGCUUCAAGGAUUCCUGGGCCAGAGAUCUUCCGUCUACAGACUACGAACUGCCAUUAGAACCGACGAGAGAAUUCGCCUCACUCACGAAAUCAUAACCGGCAUACAAGCCAUAAAAAUGUACGCGUGGGAAAACCCCUUCAGGAAUCUCGUAGAAAACGCUCGAAGACGCGAGAUCAAAGUCAUCAGAUCGACCUCUUACAUCCGCGGUUUGCUGCUGUCUUUCAACAUAUUCACAUCCAGAUUGUCCCUCUUCUUAACCAUCCUCGUUUACGUCCUGGACCACCGGGAAAUAACCGUGGAAAAAGUCUUCAUUAUGACAGCCUUUUUCAAUGUAUUGAGGCAAGCUAUGACGGAAUAUUUUCCAAUAGGAUUGACACAAGCGGCCGGUGCGAUCGUGUCGAUCAACCGGUUGCAGGAUUUCAUGAUGUACCAGGAAGUCGACGAAAUAACCGAAAAUAAAAACAACAAUUGUGAAGCUCGCGCGAGAGGAGAAAACACUCCGAAAUUCAAAGCUUCCGAGGACUCGGAUCAGGAUGGUUCCAUCGCUCUUGACAGCUGCCACGCCAAGUGGCUUAAUUCCGAUUGCGAUGACACGCUGCGCGGUAUCCAACUCAAAAUCGAACCGGGACAGCUCAUCGCUGUCAUCGGGAAAAUCGGGGCUGGAAAAUCCAGUUUACUGAACGUCAUUUUAAAAGAGCUGCCCGUGUACUCCGGCAUUCUAAAGGUGAACGGUGACGUAGCAUACGCGAGUCAAGAGCCUUGGCUUUUCGCGAGCUCGGUGCGUCAAAAUAUACUUUUUGGCCGUAAAAUGGAGCAGCGACGUUACGAACAGGUGGUCAAAGUUUGUCAGCUCAAGCGAGACUUCGGUCUUUUGCCUUACGGUGAUAAAACGAUAGUGGGAGAGCGGGGGAUCAGUUUGUCGGGUGGUCAACGAGCAAGAAUAAAUUUGGCGAGGGCCGUGUACGCGGACGCUUCAAUAUAUUUGUUGGACGAUCCUUUGAGCGCGGUGGAUGCCCACGUUGGUAAACGAAUAUUCAGCAAAUGCAUAGAGAGGCACUUGAAAGGAAAAACGAGAAUUCUGGUGACGCACCAGUUGCAGUACCUCCGGAACGUCGACUGGAUCGUCGUUCUCGAAGACGGAGCUGUACGAGCCGAAGGAACUUAUGAAGAAUUAGCAGGAAUGGGAGUCGACUUCGAUAGACUGCUCGAGGUCGGAUCUACCCAGGAAGAGAAUACCUCGGUGCCACCGAGUCGAAGCAACUCUCGUCGGACGAGCUGCUCCUCCCUCGUUUCUCUUGGGAUCGGCAAGAAAAUCGACAAGGACGAUGAACCCGAUGAAGUAGUCGAAAUGCGAAGGCGGGGAAACAUCAAAGGCCGCACUUAUUCCUCGUACUUUGGAGCUGCUGGUCACGGCUUCCUGGUUUUCGUCGUUAUUCUCUUAUGCGUCGGUGCCCAACUGGCUGCCAGUGGCAGCGACUACUUCGUCGCUCAGUGGGUCAAUAUGGAGGAGCUUGAAAAUAGAAACAAAACUUUGAAACUGGGGGGCCAGACGGAAAUCCACAAGAGCCUGUGGAACGCCAACACGUGUUUCUACGUCUAUAGCGCUCUGAACGGACUCACCUUAUUCAUAACGCUCGCACGUUCCUUCUCUUUCUUCGAGAUGUGCACGAGAGCUUCGAGGAAACUUCACGAUCAAAUGUUCCGAAGUAUCAGUCGAGCGAAGAUGAGCUUCUUCCAUUCGAACCCAUCGGGUCGGGUGCUCAAUAGAUUCGCCAGGGAUAUCGGCGCCAUCGACGAAUCGCUGCCGCCGACGAUGAUGGACUGCGUACAAAACGGUCUCUCGCUAUUGGGAUCAAUAAUCGUGAUCGGUAUCGCAAAUCCUUGGCUCAUGGUACCCACUCUUUUCAUCGCCAUCGUUUCUUAUUACUUGAGAAUUAUUUAUUGGGCUACUAGCAGGAGCGUCAAACGACUCGAGGGAAUCACACGUUCACCGGUGUACAAUCAUCUGAACGCGACCCUCCAGGGGCUUGGGACCAUCCGUUCGUUCGACGCGGCAGGAGUCCUGACCAAGGAAUUCGAUCACCACCAGGAUCUUCACUCCUCCGCUUGGUACAUGUACCUCGGUGUGUCUCGUGCCUUCGGUUUUUGGCUCGAUCUUUUUUGUCUUUUAUACAUCACUCUUGUGACGAUGAGUUUCCUGGUGCUUCGUAACAACGAGGAUCCGACCUCGACCCCGGGGGGAAAGGUCGGUCUUGCGAUAACUCAGAGCAUAGGAUUGAUAGGAAUGUUUCAAUGGGGAAUGCGUCAAUGUGCCGAAUUCGAGAACCAAAUGACCUCGGUCGAGCGCGUGUUCGAGUACAGUAACGUGGAGAGCGAGCCUCCUCUUGAGAGUGCACCGGGCAAGAAGCCAAAGGACACGUGGCCCGAGGAAGGAAAAGUCGAGUUCAAGAACGUCCAUUUGCGUUACUCACCGCUGGAUCCUCCGGUUUUGAAAAAUCUCAAUUUCGUGGUUAAGCCUCGCGAGAAAAUCGGCAUUGUCGGUAGAACCGGAGCUGGAAAAUCGUCGCUGAUACAGGCGCUGUUUCGUCUCGCCGAUGUCGAAGGUACGAUCGAGAUCGAUGGCGUUGACACGAGCGAAAUGGGGCUGCACGAUUUACGCUCCAAAAUCAGCAUCAUUCCCCAAGAGCCGUUUCUCUUUUCCGGCUCGAUGCGCUUCAAUCUCGAUCCGUUUGGAACUUACGACGAUUUUCGAUUGUUGGAAGCUCUGGAGGAAGUCGAACUCAAAGAAUUAGGACUCGAGUGCUCCGUCAACGAAGGCGGCAGCAAUUUGAGCGUCGGCCAACGCCAACUGGUCUGCCUCGCUCGUGCCAUCGUACGCAAUAAUCCUGUACUCGUACUCGACGAAGCGACCGCAAACGUUGAUCCUCGUACAGACAAGCUCAUACAAAAGACAAUUAGACGAAAAUUCGAAAAUCGUACGGUCCUCACAAUAGCGCAUCGACUCAAUACCGUUAUGGACAACGAUCGAAUACUUUUGAUGGAUGCCGGAUCUGUCGUGGAAUUCGACCACCCUCACAUCCUUUUGCAGAACACUAAAUCCGGCUAUCUCUACAAUAUGGUUCAAGAGACUGGGACAUCUAUGGCCGAAGCGUUAGCGGAAAUAGCGAAAGCGAAUUACCAAUUUCGUACUAAAUAACCAUUUUUUUUCGAUGUAUGCAAAUAUUUAAGAAAACGAACCGGAAGAACAUAAAUCUAUGAAAAUUCUUCUCCUCGAUCUUUGGAGAACUAUUAAACUCGGAAGAAAGUACAAAUACCGAUUCCACACGAUUGAAAAAUCAAUUCGGUAAUAACAUGACACUGUUGGAUCUAAAUGCGUGAUCUACCAAGAAGGUUUGACCCUUUUGUGCGAUGUAAUUUCUAUGUAAAUCGGUGCGCUCGAUCCCAAAGGUUUCUUAGCUUAAUUCACGUAACGAUUGUAUUUUAAAAGAAAUGAGCCUUUCCAUUUUAA